AUGGAUUCAGAGGUCGAUUCCACCGGAAGACGACGGCGGAUUCCUCUUGCUAGUAAAGCCAAUCGACAGCUGGUCAAGAGGAAUCCGCCGUCGUCUUCUGGUGGAAUCGACCUCCGAAUCCAUUUACCAGAUACUUUCACUCCAAAUGCAAGUAAGCUCAACAAUCAGUAA